GUUAUUUAAGGCGAGUGUUACUUUGUGUGUAGUUGAGCUAUCUUACUGCUUUGGCCUGGAAGAAGUCUAGAUGAGGUAUAUUCUAUGCUCAUUGCAUUCAUAAUGGAACCAGCUACAUCUACUAAGAGAGUCUUCAUAAGCCUCCCUAAAAUAAACAUGAGGCGUUUGGCAGAAAUAUACGAACUGGACCAUGGACUGCUUGUUAAGAAUCUGAACCCUUAUAUAAAUGAGGGAUAUCUACAAGCUUACUUCCGAGAAUGGGGCAAUAUAACAUCAUGCAAGAUCCACAAGGACAACUCCUCUGGAAGUCGCCAAGGCCUGGGUUAUGUCAGGUUUUCCUCUGAGGCAGAAGCUGACAUGGCAGACUGGGCUGGACCUCAUAAUAUAGGAGGCACCGAGGUGGGGACCAGGAGAGUUUAUAGCCCAAAGAUGAAAGACGAACCAGCGAGUGAACAAACAAUGUCCAAGCAAAGACCACGACGAUCUAUGGGCCUUGGAUACCUUCUUGAGGAUGCUCAAUGGCUGGAUGACGAGGAAGAGGAAUAGAUUAUUGUCCUUUUUCCUAGUGAAUAAAAUAGGCAUGUGUUUAAGCAUAGGGAUAUGUAUGUUUCACUAAAAUUGUCUCCCCACCUUCAAGAAAAGGCUAAAGACGCACUUCCGGGAGUACAACGGCACUUAAGAAAUAUCAGAUGUUAGUUUCCUCCAGGAACACAAUGACACUUAUUGAGGGACUUGUUGGUUAGUUGUAACUGAUUUAACUACUUGUACUCGCUGUGAUUUAUAUGAUUGUUGCUUGCUUUCCUAUAUGUACACUCUUGCACUUUUGAGGGUUAUGUUGUUUAAUUUGUAAUUUGUUUAACUACAAGCUCUACAAAGCUUCUGCUAAAUGAAUAAAUGUAAA